AUGCCGCCCCAUCUACAUCCCAAGUCUCGGUCAACGAGCACCCUCUUCGCCGGAACCCUCCUCGCAUCGCUCGUAGUGGUCGGCAUGCCACACCUCUUCCCCUGUCCCGCCCCACGACGUACCUUCGCCGAUUCAGAAAUGACAAUCACAGCCGAUGGGCAACAAGUACCACGUAUCCGGCGGCGCCGGCGGAAAGAUGUCGAGCUGGACUCCGAAUCUGCACGCCCAGGCUACCCGACACCAGCGGGCACCGUGGACGAGGAGGUGUCUACAUUCUUCCAGAUGGAAGAGGAAGCAGAAAAGCUGGCACGCGUCGGCCACGAGUGUCCCGUACCAAAGCCCAAGGGUGUCAUUGGGGAAUUGCUUGGGUUCCGCAAUGCGCGUGGGAGUGAGUCCUCCCAGACACAGGCCAGUGGAACGGCGGAUGGUGGCCGGUAG